AUGGACAGCGCCGCGCCCAAGAGGAUCACCAAGGAGUACUUAGCCGCCGUUGCCCGCCAGCCGUUGGCGCUGGCGGCGGCGGCGGUCGUGCCGAUGGCCAAGGACCAGCACGGGUGCCGCUUCCUCCAGAAACGGUUGGACGAGCUGGCGGGGGCGCCCGCGGCCCAGCGCCAGCGGGACUUCGCCGUGAUAUACGAAGCGGUGUUCCCGCACAUGUACGAGUUGAUUAUCGACCCCUUUGGCAACUACUUGGUCCAGAAGAUGGUGGGGUAUUGUUCUGCUGGCCAGUUGGCGCUGGUGUUGAUGCACUUAAAGCCGAACUUGUUUCAGAUCUCGAUUAACCAACACGGCACCCGGGCGUUACAGAAAUUAAUUGAUGCUUGCAGUUCAACGACGACGACCAGUGGUGGUGCUACCACCACUAAUGUCGGCGCUACCAUGUUGAGUAACCACGGCGCUACCAUGUCGGCCCUCCCCAUCCUCAUUGAAGGUCUCAGUCCCUACAUCAUCGACUUGAUUAAGGACCUCAACGGCAACCACGUCAUCCAGAAAAUCCUCAACAAGUUCGGCCCCACUGAUUGCCAGUUUAUUUACGAAGCGAUCAUCGCCGAUUUGGCCACUGUCGCCACUCAUAAACAUGGUUGUUGCGUCCUUCAAAAAUGCUUGAAUCACGUGACCCAGCCCCAGCUUGCACAAUUUGCCACCGCCAUCCUCCUGCCACCGACGUUUACUCAAUUGAUAAACGAUCAAUUCGGCAACUACGUCGUCCAGUACUUGAUUCUGAUCAAUCUGGGCGACAUCAACACUCAGGUGUUUGCCAAUUUCGUCCGCGCCGGCGUCGCCCAGUUGUGCAAUUUGAAAUUCUCGCUGAACGUCGUGGAGAAAUUUCUUAAAAAUUGCUACGCCAACGAAGUGACCAACCCGAGAUUCUCGCUGCUUAAAUUCGAUUUGAUUUACCACAUUCUUAUCUAUGAUCUCAACAAGUUGAUUAACGAUCCUUACGGUAAUUACGUGGUGCAAACAUUGAUCGAUAUCGUGAUUAACCCCCACGUCCAGUACUUGGGCCCCCACGGCGAGUUUAUGGUCGACAAACUAGCGCUCUUACUCCCUCAAGGCUACGGUGUUGACGACGACACGUUACAGAUUGCCAUCAUCAAAACGUGGUUUCAGAAGUGCAAGAUCGUCCUGUCGUUUGGCAAGCGCAUCCAGCUGAAAAUCAACAUCAUCUUGAAUAACCUGGCGCGGCCUCAUCCGCAUUUGCACCAGCAACCGCCGCGCCACUAUGGCCAGCGGUCGUCGCUGGCGCCUCAUCCGCUGAUGAAUCACCACGUUACCUGGGCGCCGCAACCAGCGCUGGCAGCGCCCGGCGCCGUCAAUGGCGCGCCCGGCGCGGGGGCGCCGAUGGCGCUGCUGGCGCCGUGGCUCACCCAGGGCAGCUACGCCGUCAACAUGACCGCCAACGGCGAGUUCGUCGCCGACUACUCGUUGCCGCCGCUGCGGUCGCUCUCGGUGCUGCUGCUGAUCGCCGGCGGGGCGCCGCUGGUGGUGCUGAGCGCCGACGGCCGCGGCGCCGUCGAUGGCGGCGCUUCUGGUGCCCCCGACUUCCACGUCGGCGGCCACGCCCGCCAGGUGCUGAUGGCGCUGCUGACCGAUACCACCAACACGCUCGGCCACCGGCUGCAGCUGCUGAUCUCGCUGCUUCCCGGCGCCGGCCUGGCGUCGUUAGCGCCGUUGGCGCCGUUCCCGCAGCUGGCGAGCGCGUACACGGUGCUGAACCCGUUGCUGCUGGCGGCGCUGCUGCUGGUGUGGCACCCGCAGGCGCCGGCGCACCACUCGUUGUUGGCGCCGACCCACUCCCACUAUGGUGGCAGCGAUUUGUUGGCGCCGCUGGGGGCGCUGCUGCUGCUGUUGGCGCCGUUCGCGAUGGCGUCGAUGGCGCCAAUGGCGCUGAUGGCGCCGCACCUGGGGCUCGCGCCGGCGCUCGCGCCCAACUUGGGUACUGGCUACCACCACCGCCACUCGCUGGCGUUCGACCAGCUGCCGUUGUUUCCUUAG